ACCGGAGCGAUCCUCCAGCCAGGACGAGACACAAUAAAACACCACAACUCUCCGUCUCCUCAUCACCGCACUGCAACACUGCAACAUGCUCUCCAUGUCCGACUUUGCUUCUUGUGGCAGCUAUGAGGGGUGCAGGGCCACGGCGGACUGGCUGCUGUCCAACACGCAGGUUCGACCGACCGUGGGGAUCGUGUGCGGGUCGGGUCUGGGGGGGCUGGCCGAGAUGCUCAAAGACCCUCAGGUCUUCAAGUACAGCGACAUUCCCAACUUCCCCAGCAGCACAGUGCACGGCCAUGCCGGUCAGCUGGUGUUUGGGACACUAAAAGGGAAGCCGUGUGUUUGCAUGCAGGGCAGGUUCCACCUUUAUGAAGGAUAUCCUAUCCAGAAGAUCACGCUGCCCAUGCGCGUCUUCAAGCUGAUGGGCGUGGAGACCAUGUUCCUGACCAAUGCCGCGGGGGGGCUCAACCAGGACUACAAGGUGGGCGACGUGAUGAUCAUCAAGGACCACAUCAACAUGCCCGGAUUCGCUGGCAUCAACCCGCUGGCUGGACCCAACGACGACAGGUUCGGCGUCCGCUUCCCCUGCAUGUCUGAUGCCUACGACCGGGAGCUGCGGCAGAUGGCGCACGACGUGGGGGCAGAGCUGGGCUACGCAGACUUCCUGCGGGAGGGCGUCUACUGCGUGCUCGGAGGCCCUUCCUUUGAAACCAUCGCCGAAUGUCGCAUGCUGCACAAAUUAGGCGCCGACGCUGUCGGGAUGAGCACGGCCCACGAGGUGAUCGUGGCCCGGCACGCCGGCAUGCGCUGCUUCGCUCUGUCGCUGAUCAGCAACCAGGCGGUGAUGGACUACGACAGCCCGCAGAAGGCCAACCACGAGGAGGUCCUGGAGACGGGCCGGCUGAGGGCCAAGCAGCUGGAGAAGCUGGUGUCGGCCAUGGUGGCGCGGCUCCACAACGACAACAACAACUCCUUCUAGACGGAGCUCUAACCGACUGUCUGUUGCACCGCUAACGUAACCUUAUUUUAGUCUUAAACCUGCAGGUCAAAGUUAUGAGUUGAGUAUGUUUUUGUAGCACAAAUUGAAAGAUGUAUUAUCUGACAUGUAGUUUCUCGACUCUGCUCGUUUCACUCCUCUCCUCGAUGUUUACAUUUGAAUCAUUCGUUUUCUGAUAAAAUCUGACAGCGGCUCACUGGGGUCGUGUAAUACUGAAGCAGCAUCUCCAAGCAGUUUUUAAUUCCAUUAUCCAAAUAUUUUUGUUUCAGUUCUUUCACGUGUCCUAAUAUUAAAACAAAACUGUCAUUUUUUAUUUUAUUUUUUUUAAAUCAUUUUUAUUGACUUGGACCAACUUGUUCGUGAAAUUGUGACUAUUGUAAUGAGGUGUAAAAUAUUCUAAAAUAUUUAUAUGAAGUGUAUUUAAGACGUGUUUUUGUUUGUUUUGAGAAGUUACUGCGUAGUAAUGAAGGGAAGAGGUCAAAUAGUUACCAAAGAAUGUAAAUCCCAUCAAAAAGUCUGGAUACUUUGUGUUUUACACUCUGUUCUUUUUUUAGGCACUUAAUUAGAUACUGUAAAAAAACACUGAAUAAAAUUCUAAAAUAAAGGCACAUGGUGCACUGAAA